CUCUUUAGUCCCUCCUUUCAAGGAGUGAAGUUCUAUUAAUACCAACUGGAUGUGAUAGUUGUAGACCAAAGGAAGCAUUUGGUAAGUAUAAUAAAUAUAAUUGCCACUGUUCCAUUGGACUUGAACUGUUCGCAAGCUGUUGAAUUCUAAAGAACUGCUUGUAUCUAGAGGUGUCUGAGUAAUGUCCUUGCAACUAUUUUCUGUUGCUCCCAAAGUUGUUCUCUUCUCUCUGGUUUAGUCUGUCCCCUACAUAAUCCACUGCUUGUACAGACAGGACCACUCAUUCACUUGUCUCCAGGAGAUAGUAACUCCUGCUUGGUAUUGUGAUCUUGGGUGUCCAUGACUUCCUGGUUGUAAAAUGUGACCUUAAGUGCAUGUAAAGUAAAGAUGACAGGUUUUUUAGUAAAUGUAUCUAAAAUAAAAUUAGUGAUGGUUCCCUAAAUGAGACAAAAGAGAAUGUGUUUAGAGUGGGAGACAUCAGUUUCAUGGUUCUGAUCCUUUCUACCUAGCAGUUUCCCAUAUAUGAGAACUCCAUUGUCAUAGCGGGGAGCAGCACAGGUUCUGGCAAAAACACUUAACUGCUGCCUGUGAUGAAACUUCUGCUACCUGUUGCAUUGAUCAGGGUUGCUCAGAGUAAAUUCUAGCUUUGACAUGUUACCUGCUUCUGUAGGUUGCAGUCAGAUUUCUUUCAGAUAGCUGGAGUGAGUGUUGUGCGCUGGUGAAUUGCCAAGAACUCAUUUGUCCUCUCUUUAAAACUCUGGGGGAUAGCUUAGGUUCCUCCUGUGAGGAGCCCAAGUUAGUUCUGCUUUUGUCUGUUAGAGCAGGCUUCUUUUUUUAGAUGGCACCUAAAGCAAAAGCAAUAAAACAGCAUUGCAGUGGAGAUUAGUGGUAGUUCUUUCCAUCGCCUGGUCUGGAUCGGCUACUAAAACAGACUGGGGUAUUUCUGAAUGUGUGUGAAGACAUGAUUUAGUAAAUAGUUGUAAAGUGAUUUAUUUCAGCUUCAAAUUCCGGUUAAGGAGGCCUGUACAAGGAGUUCUGGUGAAUGUCUGCCUUCGCUCCUUCACAGAAAGGUGUGAUUUGAGGCAGCUAGAUUUGUGUUUCUCUCAGAGUUUUGGAAUCUUAUGCUGAGCCACGGCCUCAUCUGGUCUGUCUUGCAGAAUAAUUCUGGAAUGUCAGCAGGGGAGGAGUUAGUUUGUGUAAUGCAUUUGAGCUAUGGAAAUCAUUGAUACAUGUGACUGAGAGAAAACAACCUCAACAAGCAGCCUUAUCGCAGAAGGCCUAUUUAAGGUGGCCUUGAUAGAUAAGAGGGACUGUUGAGAACUUGUCUGUAAUGCCAGUGUAGAAGUAGUGACUAACUUGAACUUCAGUGGAUUUAAAACUAGACUUUUUUUUUCAUGUGAGUAACUGAAAAGUGGUGUCCAAACUGCUUGGAAGGUGUCCAUUUAAGGACUCGCUGUACGGAACCAACCUCUUCUGGAUAUUGUUCAUCAAAAGUGUUGGCUUAAUCUGAAAACUAAACUCUUACUUUUUUUUUAAAAAACAGUUUACAUUGUUGAGGAACUUUGUCCUGUAUAAGCCUUCUUAGAAUGGGAGGGUAAAUAAAACUAGUGUCAGCUGACUCCACCUCCAGCUGGUGAACUUGCGUUCAGUUUUAGAUCUUCUACACAAAGAACGCAGAUACUAGACAUAAAAAUACUGGUGAAUAGAAGUCCAGAGAAAUUGUUUGGUACUUCUGUAUGCCUAAAAUACCUGGAGAUGGAGUGCUGUGCUUUGUGACCCUGUGCUUAUGACAGCUGUAGCCUUCAAAGGUCUGUGUGCAGGGAAAAAGCGGGCCUCUGAAGAUAAAGGUUGCAAAGUGAAUCUUCUGUUCAAGUUGUGCAGAAACUGUUGCUUAUUGUCCUCUGGAUUUCUUACUCAGUUUGCAUAAUCCUACUUGGCCAAUUUGAGAAAUACUAGGGGAAGAGAAACUUGAGCUUUUUGUUUCUUGAAGGAGUGGCUUUAAAUAGUUUUGGAUCAGAUGUAAAACUUGUUUUUAAAUUCCUCUGGGGCAGUGAGUGUUGUGCUCUUUGUCCCUUGUGCAGGUAGUGACUGGCAGACAGAUGUAGCUGGCUGGUACAUCUAGGCAUAAAAGCUUCUCCAGUGCAUAUCUAGAGGAGGUUUAGUUCACCUAUAAACCAUUUGUCUUUUACCAUAGGUUAACCUGGGUGGUUACGUUAGGCACACAGGUAACUGCUGGUUAUACUUAAUCCUGUCACAUCAUGCUGUAAUACCUAGUGCGUGGUUCGAGUGACGCUGGAGUUGUUACUUACAUCUGUAGAGACGUAUUCAGUGCAGCUGGAACUGGUGCUGUACUGUUCCACUCUUUUGGGACAGCAGUGCAGGGCCUCUUCAAUAACACCUUAACGUGCUGACCUGUAAGAGUUGCAGGUUGAGUGGGGACUAUGUCCCAACACAUAAAUUGGAGACCCCAUCUUGUCUCAUGGAAACUUAAAGCAGCAUCAACUAUUGUGUCAAGACCAGCUCCUGCAGUCAGCUUUGCCAGUGUUUUUCUUCUGCUGUGUCAACAUGGUUGCUAUGAAAACAGGCCGAAACAAGAGCACACGGAUGCCAGCUGCUGCUGCCGUAGUAGGCAGCUCUUCACCCUUGGGUGUCCUAAUAAGUUAGAGACUUUGAGCACAGAUGAAGCAGUAAAUACCUGCUAGCAUGUGAAAAGGCUGAGUUAUGUAUAAAAUCAAGAGCUCAUAGAAAGUUGUUUUGUUCUUGACGUCUGUUGAAGAUCUGUUUGCAUCCUUUCAUUGCAGAAUUUCAUUUUAAGAGCAAAUAUUAUCUGAUCCAGUUGGAAUGUAGAUGUGGGAUUACAGAAGUAGCCUAUUAAGCUUCACAUCUCAUGUACUUUAAACUUUCCUGCUUCUAUUGUGGUGGGAAGGAUGGAUGGUCACUAUGCAGAAGGCAGCUGGAGAGAAAGGAACUCUUCUGAGCGAAAAGUGACAAGGCUUUUUUAAAGCUUAUACUAUAUCCAUUUAAGUUCUUAAUGUCAGGAUGCUAACUCUGGUUCAUCUUGAGGUUGUGGUGUUAUUACUGCUUCUUUUGUGACUCCCUUCAAGAUGCUACUCAUCUGUAUUCUUGGUAAUUUGAGAUGUUUGACAGAUGUUCUGUUUGAAUAGGCUAGCAGUUCUGGUUGUUACCAUUGUUUCAUAUUUUUAUUUGAAAGUGUCCCUAUGGGAACAUACAAAAUAGUCUUUACUAUUUUGGUAUGCAACUUUUAAAAGUUGUGGGUUUUUUUUAAGCAUUCUAUACCAUGAAGUUGUAGGGUUAUAGGAAGAACAGCUCGGGGAUCAGGUACCCUAACAAAACAUAGGGCUAAUGAUUCUGCUUCCAUUGAGUUAAGUGUAAUGAAUUGGGAGAGAGCAUACGAAGUAUUCAGCUUAAUAUGCGUAUUUAUAAACGAGGGCAUUUUAAACUUGUCUUCAGGCGGACUUUAAACAAUAUCCAAUUUAAAUAUUUAACUUGCUCUGCUGUUUAUAGUUCCAGAAGCCAUGGCUAAUUGCUUUAUACCUUAGGCAAGCUAAGGUACUGUGUCUGCAGUCUCUUUAACCUAUCCCAUCCUUGCCACUGCUUCAGUGGUCUGUGGCAGACCGGCUUCCCCGAUCAAUGAGACGCCUUCCUCCAUUCCCCAAUAUGGGCAAAAGUGGUUUGUACUGUCAUGGACAGGCAUGCCUAUCCGAUGUUUCCCUAGCAUUCUAAGAAUGUUUUCCAAGUUAGCCUUCUAGAUAUCUGGCAAGUGUCUGAUGUCUUUUAGGGAAGCCAAAUGUCUUGAGCAUUUUCUUCCAUGUAAACUGAGGAGUGAAAUAUGUAUCCUGAAAUGUAAGUUAAUAUAUUGAAGUGAACUCUGAGAAAUGACUAUUCUUUAGGUCAGAUAACUGCUCUUUAUGUCAUAAAAGAACUAACGGAUACUAAGCUAACUCACUCUUCAGGGCCUUAGCUGUAAUAUUGCCUACUCUUUAGCUUUUAAAAGGAGCUUUUAGAAUGUGGUUUGGUUAGUGAAGAAAUGCAGCUUAGUGAAGAAAAGUAGAUGCCAGCCAGGUACUCCCAACAGAAAGAAAUGACUAGGAAGAAAUGGAGAUAAGUAGCUGGCUUUCAAGUUUAACUGAGUGAUGAGAAGAAGGUAUUACUGGAGGAGAUUGUGACAGUAAGGCUGUUACGAUCAUGGGUAUGUCUCUUACCUGAGCCCUUAGCUUGGAGAGGGAAAGUGUUCUAAAAAUGUAUUUUAUUUUUUUUCCCCCCUCAGGCAGGUGAUCUGCAGCCAUGAGCAGCAACGAGUGCUUCAAGUGUGGGCGUACUGGCCACUGGGCUCGGGAGUGCCCAACUGGGAUUGGCCGUGGCCGUGGGAUGAGAAGCCGUGGCAGAGCAGGCUUCCAGUUCAUGUCUUCAUCUCUGCCGGACAUCUGUUACCGCUGUGGUGAGUCUGGCCAUCUUGCCAAGGACUGUGAUCUUCAGGAGGAUGAAGCCUGCUAUAACUGCGGUAGAGGUGGCCACAUUGCGAAGGACUGCAAGGAGCCGAAGAGGGAGAGAGAGCAGUGCUGCUACAACUGUGGCAAACCUGGCCAUCUCGCUCGCGACUGUGACCAUGCAGAUGAGCAGAAGUGCUAUUCUUGCGGAGAGUUUGGACACAUUCAAAAAGACUGCACCAAAGUGAAAUGCUAUAGGUGUGGUGAAACUGGCCAUGUAGCCAUCAACUGCAGCAAGACCAGUGAAGUCAACUGCUAUCGCUGCGGCGAGUCAGGGCACCUUGCACGGGAAUGCACAAUUGAAGCUACAGCCUAAUUAUUUUCCUUUGUCGCCCCUCCUUUUUCUGAUUGAUGGUUGUAUUAUUUUUCUCUGAAUCCUCUUCACUGGCCAAAGGUUGGCAGAUAGAGGCUACUCCCAGGCCAGUGAGCUUUACUUGCCGUGUAAAAGGAGGAAAGGGGUGGAAAAAUCAACUUUCUGCAUUUAACUACAAAAAUGUUUAUGUUUAGUUUGGUAGAGGUGUUAUGUAUAAUGCUUUGUUAAAGAACCCCCUUUCCGUGCCACUGGUGAAUAGGGAUUGAUGAGUGGGAAGAGUUGAGUCAGACCAGCAAACCCUCUCUGGGUUACAUGGAAGCGAUUCUAUGCAGGAAGAAAGAAAUUCUGGAAGUGUCUUAAACUUCCUCAUAACUUUAAUUUUAUUACAAUGGCCUUGGAUUGUCUGACCUCAGUAGCUGUUAACACCAAGUAAUAUCUGUAUCAGGCCCUACCUAGAGCAUAUAGCUGAGUGGGAGUAAAUAAACAAGAUGCACAUGCCUGUUAAUGGCCAUGAGAGAGAGAGAGAAAUCAGGAAUAAACUUAAAAUAACAGUAAUUCAGUCAAUGAAUGUUCAUGUUGGAGAUACAGAACGUAAUGGGAAGCUUUUGAAUAAAUACUUCAAAGUAAAUCUGAAACCCAGACAUCAGUGCUCAUAGCAUAUACAAUUUGGAGCUAUUCAGGAGUUGCAAAUAAAUGCAUUUUCACAGAAAUCAAGAUGUUAUUUUUGUAUACUAUAUCACUUAGACAACUGAGUUUCAUUUGCUUGUAAUCAGUUUUUAAAGUAAGAUGGUAAAAGCAAUUGAAGUCCUAGAACAUAGAAAAUGUAAUUUUAAACUAUCAAUAAAGCUGGAGGAGGAAGGGGAGUUUGGCUAAAGUUCCUUUUGUUUAUUUUUGGUUUUCAUGUACACAGUGCAAAAUAACAUAUUAAAAAGGGGUAUGUGGAGGUGUAAAAA